AUGAACCACGACCAGGGAACAGGGGCAUUUUCUCGCAAUUUCCAGGCCGUUUUGCAGUCUUUCCGGAGUCUUACCGGGUCUCUUAUCGGCCAUGAUGACUCUACUGAUCUGCGUCGGCUUCUACCGAGAUUUGAGGACGAGACCGCCCGCUUCAAAAUGUGGUCUGGGAGUCUAGGAGCGCACCAAAGCGGACGGGCCUCACUCGAUCAUCGACUAAGAGAGACACCUCAUCUACGCGAACAGGUCAUAUACCUUCUCCAGGAUUUUCCUCAAACCCUGCUGGAUACCCUCACGCUCCUCUACCACGAGCAACCCUACUGGCAGAAAUUCCAGGCCAGCGAGCACGAAUUGGUGUUCUCAAAGGGUGACUUGAAUGACAGCGAUGACAGCAGAUUCUCGGACUCCGACAAUGAUUAUGCAUCUCCAGGGGAGAGCCUUUCGACAAUUUGCACUGAUGUAGGAGAGGCGACCGACUGUCUGCUGCGGCUCUCCGUUGCCAUCGCGAAUCCGGCGCCGCACGAAAGGGCCCACAGACUCGGCACCUGCCCUCUCGAGGAUAUUUCCUUCUACGAGAAGCACGAUAUCAGGAACGCCCAAGAUAAAUUCCCCAACAUGAGUACGGAGCUGGCCGAGAUCCUGGGAAAGCCUAUCACCCGGCGCCGACAGUACUUCAAGUACCGCAAAACACACAUGCCGAGCUCCCUUCAGGCUUAG